GGUCGUGGUCCUUCUCUUCCUCCGUACACUUGCCGCUGCAUUCGCUCCCGCAGAGCAUGCUGACCCUCCUCAUCCAGUACCGCGCAGAGAAGGCGCGGCUCUUCAACAUCUACCAGGAAGACACAGACAAGUACCUCGCGGGAUUCCUGGGGGAUGACCUGCGCACACUCGGGCUGCCUGCACCAGCCGAGUGUAUGCUCAGGGCGUGGCGCACGGGGUUCGUAGUUUGUACGUGGGAUGAAGGAAAGGGCGCAGAGGAGGUGUUGCGGGCGUUCUAUACUAUGCGCCGCGAUGCGGAGGGAUUCUUGGAGCUGUCGAUCACGAGAGUCGAGCUGAAGGGCAGCGGGAAGCAUAUGAUUGUUCGUGCACCUAGCACUGCUCCGUCGAAGUGGAAGAAGAACGUGACACGCAAUGGACCUGAAGACGUCUCGGGCUACGGGAAGGCGCCUGGUGCGGUGAAGUCGACGUACAUCGCGAGGAAAGAAGCUAUGGCAAAUCCGACUUCAUAUCCAACCACGACGUACCAAGCAAAAUCGGCAGCAAGGACUCCGAGCUAUAGCUCGACGGGAGAACGGUCCACUGCAGCAUAUCACAAACAUCUGCUACCCGACAAGCCUGUCUGGAAGAGAGAAUCUCCGCCGCCACUGUCGCUCACGACAGGCUCGCCAGCGACCCCCCACUCGACAACGCCCUCGGCACCAAAUACGUCAUCGAAAUCAGAGUUCGCAACGCCUUCACGCAGGACGGAGCCUUCCGCUGCCUGGAACUCAAGCAACACUCAGGCUGCAGCAUCCACACCGGCGAGCUACGCAGGGUCGUCUUCCAAAACGCACGACCUCGUUAUCCCCAAACUCGAAGAAGAGGUCCACGACUCGAUCCUUCGCAGCGCACUCCCUCCUUCGCAUACAGAUCCACGAACUCCUCACACCAUCACCAGCGCUCACACAGCUACCCGCAUCCACAGCAACGCCACCACCACCACCCCGCAUAGCAUCACGCAUACACACACACCCCGCCUCCUUCCUCCCACAUCCGGCCACUCGAGCCCAUCCCUCUCCAGUGCCUCCGAGUCGCCCGCGCAAUCCGUGUUCUCGACGCGGAGCGCGGCGACGACCGCGAGCUCGACGAUGACAGCUUCCAGCGCAGCGGGCGCGCUGACACGAGAGGUGUGGGACGUGCGGAGGGAGAUGGCGGCGCUGCGCGCGCGGGAGGCGGCGUUGGUCGAGCAGCUCGAGCGGGCGAAGAGGCAAGGCCCAGAGUGGAUCAGAGAGCAGGAGAGGCUGGGGUCGCCGGAGCGUCACCGCGACGACCCGGCUCAGGACGCGGUUGAAGCCCUUCGCGCGCAGCUGCAAGCCGAGACGGAGGCGCGGCGCGGCGCGGAGGCCGCCCUGCACGAGGAAAGGCGGCGCCGCGAGCGAGUGGAGGGCGUGCUCGCGGAUGCGCGCCGAGAGUGUGCGGCGCCUUUCGUCGUGCCGGCGUUGAUGGACGCGUUCAUCCAGAUCGCGGCGCUCAGCGACCCGGAACGGGGCAUCAAGGUGUAGUGGGACUGGGACGAGAGGAUAGGCGUGGUAUCAUUAUUGUGGGUAUGUUGUACCCGCCUGAACACACGUCUGGUGCUACGUGUACACGGUCUUGUACUGUAUUUGUGUUGCUGAAGUGCUGUAGACGACCAUUAUGCCCGCUUCAAUGACCCCAUCGUCCUCCGCCCUC